AUGAACAGCGAGAAGAGCAGUGAACGUCUUUUUCCUCCUCUUCGCACCGGUGGUGGUCGAAGACUCGUCGUCUUCCUUUCCGCGCUCCUCGCGACGACGGUCACGGUCUUUUUCUGCGUCAAAACCUCCACAGGAAUGCUUUCGGAUUGGUAUCUGACAAAGACAAGGAUGACGAUGAUCGACGGGAACGAAGACGAAAUCGGCCCAGAUGGUUUUGGCAAAACCGCGUUCGAGAAAAAGAACGACAACUUUGACGAGAACGAAGAGGAUUCGGAGGAUUUUGUAUCGUCGAAGAGAGAUGACGAGAGCGAUGGAGGAAAAGGAGGAGGAGAAGUGCGCACUGAAGGCGAAGGAACGUCUUGUCCUUUAACUUCUCAAGAUGUCGUCGAUGAUGAUGUAUUAAUUACGAAAGCGUCGAAAACAAGGCAAACGUGGGCGUUUAAAGCGUCGUCGUCGAUGCAAUACGCGCACAUGCCGACGCACGCGACGCACGGCGCUUUGGUUGUUUUGGCGUUUCAAGGCGCGAGGCGAAGCGAAGGGCAGGCGAAUCAGAGGAUUUAUUUGGUGAGGUCAGAAGAUGGCGGGAAGACUUUUGACUCUUUUGCGGAAAACAACGUGAAGAAGUUGAACGCGUUAGUUGUAGAAGGUGGGAGUAAAAGUAGCUUUAGCGAGAGGAACGACGUGGAAGUUCAAGCGCAGUGGGGGCCCGCGUUGUUUAAAGAGGAAAAUGAAGACGAGGAAAACGUCGAGGACGAAAAGAAUAGAAAGAAAAUACCUCUUUUGCGUCUGUAUUACUCGCAAAGUGAGUCGUGUUUCUUUUGCAGGCACAAAAAUAGUUGCAAUAGUGUGGAUGCGAAAGAAUAUCGCGCCGGGGGAAACCUUUACGAGUCUACGUCGAAAGAUUUCGGCAAGACGUGGUCGAAACCGAAAUUGAUAUUAAAGGAGAAAGAGAGAGACGCGACAAAAGGUGGACACUCGCCGAAAGUUGUCGCGAGUCCUCCAAUUCGAUCAAAGUUAUGGAACGCUGAAACGAACGCGUCCUCUUCUCCCUCGCAUCUUCUUCUUCCGUACUGGACGCAAAAGCCUCGCGUGGGCGCAAACGGCAUCAAGAGCGCGUGCGCUUCAGAAAUGCAAGCCAAGGACGGACCGAGAACGUUGCACUCCAAAGAUAACGGGAAAUCUUGGCAUCCGUUGGGCUCACACGCCGUGCGUCACGAAGACUCGCAUCGUAAAGCGCCAGAGAUUGACAGGCUUUUGGAAGGUGCCAUCGUUUCGUCGAAUAGAAAAAUCGUCCAAUUUUUCCGGGCGACGCGACCGAGAGUGUACGCGAGUUUGUACGACGAGAAAAAGGCAGAGUGGGGGAAACCGUUUCCAGUGAGAGCGACAACGGUACCACUUAAACACCACCACGAUCAUCUCCGCCAACACCACCACCGAGACGAGUUCCUCAAAAUGCCAAACGCUAAGCUCCACGCUAUAUCCAUCCCUUCUUCUUCUUCUUCUUCACGGAGUACCCGCCACGGCCACCAAACGCAAAUCCUCCUCGCGCACAACGACCACCCGUACAGAGUCCGUCAACGAGGUAACCUCGUCGUUCAAAUCAGCAACGGCGUCAACUCGGACAAAAACGGCGUCGCUCCGUUCCACAAACUCCUCGACAUCGAAACGAGGAGAGGUCGAAAAGAAGGCGAGAUGGUCAUGUACCCGCACAUGGAAGUCUCUCGGACGACGACGAAAAAGAAGACGUCGUCGUGUGAAGGCAACAAUAAACGUCAUCAAUACGAACUCACGAUUUCCUACAGCGACCACGGUAGAGGCAUUCGAUUCAUUCGCGCGAUAUUAGAGUAA